AUGUUCACCAGAGCCCCUCCUGCUUCCAUCGACCAGACCGUCUCCGACUUCGAUGGCGUUACCUUCCAUAUCUCGACUCCCGAAACAAAGACUAAAAUUCUCCUUUCUAUUCAAAUAAGAUGUUUCCAGGAUCUAGUUCAAUAUGGAGCGGAGCAGGUUCUUCAGAGAGAAUAUGGUCAAUAUGUCGCACCAGUGGAGCCUGGUUACGACUUCUCCGUGCUCAUUGACCUCGAGAAUCUACCUGAGGAGAGAGAGGAGCGCGACGCGCUUGCAAUGAAAUUUGCUCUUCUAAAGCGAAAUGCGAUGGCAGCUCCUUUUGAGCAAGCUUACCAGGAGCAUUAUGAGCUGAAAGAACAGGCAUCAAAAUUCACUUCCGAAGAGGCCCCUCAAGGUGUCCGGGAAGGUGGACAGGUCAAGGCGAUCCGCUACCGAGAAGAAGAAGCGAUCUACGUGAAGGCUAGCCACGACAGAGUGACCGUCAUUUUCAGCACGGUCUUCCGAGAGGAAACAGACAGGGUGUUUGGCAAGGUGUUCAUUCAGGAAUUUGUCGAUGCUCGGAGGAGAGCUAUUCAGAAUGCUCCGCAAGUCUUGUUCCGAAACGAUCCGCCUCUGGAACUGCAGGGAGUUCCUGGUGUACAGAACACUGGCACCGGAGAGAUUGGCUAUGUCACAUUUGUGCUGCGCCGUGCACGCCCCGACAACGAGGAAAAAGAGAGGAAGACUGCAAGCGGACGAUCAUUCAGGGUCCAAGGAAGCUAA